CUGGGGGUGAUAACCCAGAGGAGGAGGGCUCAAGCCAAAGUGCCUCUGUGGCGUCUGCGUCUGUAGAACUGCCCCGGAAGAGGAAGGGAGAUGUGGAUCUGAGAUCUGAGCCACGAGACAGUGAUGACUUCCUUAUGGAUGAGGAGCUCAGCAGAUCGGAGGGAGAAGACCAGCAAGUGAAGAUGAAAUGUUUCAGGGAGCCUCACCGUCAGAUUGAGAAGCGGCGGAGGGAUAAAAUGAACAACCUGAUUGAUGAACUGUCGGCCAUGAUCCCCUCGUGUCAGCCCCAGCCCAGAAAACUAGACAAACUCACUGUGCUCAGAAAGGCUGUGCAGCACCUUAAAGCACUCAGAGCUGGAUCGAGCAGCGCCUUCUCAGAGAGCACCACAAAGCCUUCCAUCCUGCCUCAUGAAGACCUCAGACACCUCCUGCUCAGGGCUGCAGAUGGGUUUUUGUUGGUGGUGACGUGUGAUCGAGCUAAAAUCCUCUUCAUCUCAGAGUCUGUCUCUCAAGUCCUCAACUUCAGCCGGUUGGAGUUUAUGGGGCAGAGUCUGUUCGACUUCAUCCACCACAAAGACAUCCAUAAAGUGAAGGAGCAGUUGGCCUCCCCCGACUCCUUCCCUCGCCAAAGCCUCGUAGAUGCUGCAACCCCCGUCCCGCCUCAGCCAGAAGCUCGUCCUAGUGCGUCUCACAUGUCCACGGGCGCGCGCAGGUCCUUCUUUUGCCGCAUGAAGCACAGCCGUAUCAAACAGGACGACAAAGGCCUGCCCACCAGCUCCAAGAAGAAAGACUCAUACAAAUACUGCACCCUGCACUGCACCGGGUAUAUGGGCAGCUGGCCGAGCUCAGACCUGGACUCGGAACCGGAUUUGGAGCCUUCCCCUCUCUGCUGUUUAGUGACUGUCUGUAGACUUCACCCACACAGCUCCAGUCAGACCACCAAAGACCAGGUCAACACCAAACCCACCAAGUUCAUCACGCGCUGCUCCAUUGACGGAAAAUUCAUCUUCGUUGACCAACAAGCUACCACCAUCACUGGGUAUCUGCCUCAAGAAGUCCUGGGUACUUCCUGUUAUGAAUAUUUCCAUCAUGAUGACUUGCAUCACCUUGCAGAGAAACACAGAGAGGUGCUCCGAAGCAAAGAGAAGAUUGAAACACAAUGUUACAAGUUCAAGACAAAAUAUGGCUCCUAUGUGAACCUCCAAAGUCAGUGGUUUAGUUUCACAAAUCCUUGGACCAAAGAAAUAGAGUUUAUAGUUUCUUUAAAUAGAGUUGUCACGAGGGGGAGCAAAGGCAGUACAGACGAAGAGGAGGCAGGCAGCUCUAAAGCACCUCCAGAAGUGUCUAAGGAAUUACCCAUAAUUCCUGGCCUGUCAUCUGGAGUGGGAACCAUGAUUUACGCCGGCAGCGGGACACAAAUCGCCAAUGAGCUCACAGACUCUUAUAGCAGAAUAAACUCUUCUCCGUCGAGUGGAGCUUCCAGUCCGUUUGGUCUAAUUCAAGAAAAACUUGUGCUUGCCUCUCCUCACACCAGCAAGAGUGGGUCGAGUCGAGAAGAGGCAGGAGGCAGCUCUGAGUCUAAAGCUACAGCAGGAACCAGCAGUGGGUCGUCGGAGAGCACAGGUGAAUCGUCAUUGGACCUGGACAACGUGGUGGUCCCAGGUCUGAGCUCUUUCAGCAGCGAUGAGGCAGCGAUGGCAGUCAUCAUGAGUCUGCUUGAGACAGACGCAAACAUGGGACAGAGCGGAGAGUUUGAGGAUCUACACUGGCCUUUUUAAAACUUCUGCUCCUCCCUCCGAACUGUGCUAUGAACUAAAGCCACAAGGGGGAGCCAUAAAAGACAAUAGAAUAUGUGACUCUUUUUUUUUUUCUUUUUUUUUCUUUUUUUUUUUUUUAUUAAAGAGACAAAAUUGCUCUCAGAAGUGUCUUCCUUGGGAAACCUUUGCCCAAACUGUCCCCAGGCCCAGACACUGACAAACUCUGAAAAUGAGUGACCAGAAGAGAGGAGAGGAAGUGCUUUGUGCAUCGCUGCUAAGAGGAAUUCAAUAUACGAAAGCUUUCAUACUAUGUGAACUUUUUAAUAAGAUGUCUAUAGGUAGUCUUUGGAAUUUAAGUGAUUUUAAAGGUGCACUGUGUAACUUUUCUGGUGAAGGCCUGCUUGUUUUCUUGGAGAUGUUACUGCUUUGCCAAGAUUAUUUCACAGUAUUGAAAUAAACUUGGUUAUCACAAUGGAGACAAUUUAAUGGUCAGAUCUAUGGAGAAGCAAGCUUGCACAUAGUAAGAAUGAAUGUUUUUCAAGGUAUUUUGAGCUAUAAAACACAUGCAAUUGAAGAAAUGUAAGGCAGAUAUGUUUAAUGUCAUACUGUGGAACAUUCCAUGCAAACAAAUAACAUCUCCAUGGAGACAAGUAAGUAGUGGACCCUCCACCUUAUAAGUUACAUAGUGCACCUUUUAACUAAUUCCAUUUGCAAACUGAGUCAUGCAUAGUAACAUUUUGAAACCAGUCCCAGAUUUAAAAUAUUUAAAUUACUUAUAAAGCUAACAAUGUUCACCAAGCUACUGACAGUUUUAGCACAUAGCUGUGAAAAAGCCAACAAACCUACCACCAAAACUUGAAUUUGAGAUUGAUUUGUAGAAAUAACUUGAAUAUUUAAUUUCAGAUGAGAAGAUUGUCACAUUUCAGAUUAAUUUUGGCCAAACUGUGUGACUUCUGGUCUCUUAUUUUAUUAUUAUUAUUUUUUUUAUUUUUUUUUAUUUGCACAUACAGUAUUUCAGACAAGUUGUUUUUUGUGUUCAAGUGACAUAGGAAGGACUGCAAUAAUAAUGAUGAGUCAAGGUUCCAUUCUGUACUCAUUAGAAAUAUCACUGUGUUUUUAAUUCAGUGAUUUUCACACAAAAUACCUCAUCAAACAUUUGGCUUUGCACAUUUUAAGGCUACAUUCUCACUUGCACACACUACAUUAAAACUGUGACUAAACCAGGACUAUAACAGUACCAAACAAACUCUCUCUCAGAACUAAAUUGGGCUCAAACCAUACAUAAACUUUAUGUGUGAAUGUAUCCUAAAUUAAUCUUCACACAUGCUACCUGGUGUAACACAAGUGGUAAACAGGGUUGACCCAGGUCUCAACAAGGUCUAAACAAGGUCUAAACCAGCAAAUAGUAGUAAUUAACAAUGACAUAACUAAUACUGGGACUUCUGUUUGCUAUGAACUUUGUAAACAAACAAUGCUGGAUCAAACUUGGUUAAAUUUUAUCUGUAUUAACAUAUAUAAUCAUACCAGAGCUUGAGGGCCACUGCAGUAGCUUUUUAAAUGUAAUUUUCACUGACAUCUUCAAACCAGAAUCUCUAUUGGAGAGUAGUGGAAUUACAUCAAUUGAGGUCUUUUCCCAAAUGUACUGUAUUUUUAGCUGAAUGUCUAACACGUGGAUUGUAUUACAUCAGUGUGAACUAUUGACCUAUUGUUGAUUCAUAAUGUGACAUAUAGUUGCCUUGGACCUGCGUUUUUCUACUUUUUAUCAAACAGAUGUGGCUUUAAAAGCAAUGCUGAUGUGGAUUAUAGGUGCCGUUUAAAAUGGACACUGAAACAAACAUAAUGUAUUUAUGUGUAAGUGGAUCUGCUGUGGAGGAACAAGUAUUUCUGGAAGUAAAGAAGCGAAGAAAGAGA